UGCGCAUGCGCGGCAUCUGAACCCCCUCGGCUGUAUUCUUCUUCUGCUGAUGAAUGAGAGCUAAACAUUAGUUUCUGCCAGUAGUCGUCAGAUAAAUCCGUAAUAUUUGACUUUCCAGACGACUUUAAAGGCAGUUUAAUCCUUAUUUUAUUUAUUUUACUCUCGCUGUGUCCUCGUUUCUAGCCGCUGAAGAACUCCACUAACCGUCAGCCUGUUUAUUGUCUCAGUCAGGAGGUUUGACUCCAGCUCCGGUUCAUACAGGACCGGACUCUCUCUGAAACUCUCCCCGGCUCUGAGGCGACUAUGACGGGACUCUGGAGUCAGUAACUGCGGUGUCAGCUGCCCGGAGGCUCCACCAUGAUGUCUAUGACGUUCGGCGUGUCCAGCAGCGUGACGCUGCUGUUUGACUUCUGGGAUGUUCACGGACCGGCAGGUAUGGUCCUGUCGGUGCUGGUGGUCCUGCUGCUGACGGUUUUCUACGAGGUCCUGAAGGUGUGGAGGGUGUGGCUGGGCUCCCGCUCUCAGCUGGCUCCGCCCCCCUACGGCGCCCCGCCGGCCUGCCGCAGCGACAGCAGCUCCGUCCUGGAGAGCAGCCCCUCCGAGUCCUCGCUGACCCCCAUGGAGCCGACUCCUCCCUCUGGGAGCACCAGGAACAGCUGGUUGCUGCAUGGUAUCCAGACGCUGCUCCACAUGCUGCAGGUGACUCUGGGCUACAUGUUGAUGCUGUGCGUCAUGUCCUACAACACCUGGAUCUUCCUCGGAGUCAUCGUCGGCUCUGUGCUCGGCUACUUCCUCUCAUUCCCCCUGCUGAGUCACUUCUGAGGGUACGAACACUCACACUAAGGACACCACUUUAUCUUUCCCUUCAGUUCAGAGGAUCUUUAAC